CUGUCAUCCGCACAGGAAUCUUCUGUUUUCCGUGUCACUUUUCCAUCAUUGUUGACAUAGCCUGGAAAAGCCAUGGCAGUCUAUAACCCAUUCAUUAUUGCUCGGUCUUAUGUCUCCGAGAUGGAGAUCCUGAACGGAUUCUAUCUCUUAUACCAACCAGCUCUCGCGGUUCAAGCUCCCUCUCAGUUACCCGUCUCGCUUUCGAUUCGACACAUGCAAAUAGAAUCAGGAUCGCAACCAUGGCGCCACCAGCUGUUCUUGUGAGACCGGUAACACCGGAUUCUGUUCCUUCGAAUGAUAUUUCGACUCCGGCUAGCGAUGCUGCAUCGCCCGCAACGUCCGUGAACGAGGUCGAGGAGAGGCCUAUCUACACCAUUGAUGAUUUGUUACGGGCGAGAGCCGAGGGUGAUAAAGCUGAUGAGGCUAUUGUUGCGUACCCGUUUAAGGGCACGGAGUACACGUACUUUACUCCCCGGGAGUUACACAAUCUCGUCGAAGCCGCAGCAGUCAAUUAUGCACAAGUCAUCCCACAACGACGAACAUCCGAUGAUCCCGUACAAGUUGUUGGUUUGCUCGGUCCGUCGGACUUUGAGUACUUGAUCACACUCCUUGCCGUCUCGCGGUUGGGUCAUACCGUGCUCCUGCUUUCGACUCGCAUCGCGGAAGAUGCGUAUGUUAGUCUUGUCGAGAGUACAAAGGCUGCAUUCUUGAUCGCGUAUCCUGCUUUUCAAAAUGUUGCGGCGAAGGUCUCAGCGCGCACGGGGAUUGUGCUACAACCUGUAUUGACAAGGGAGAAUUUCAACUAUUCUACGGCACGAUUACCGCAAGCGCAGCUUGAUGGCCCUGUUGAAAAUAAGAAUAUUACGUGGAUCAUCCAUUCCAGCGGGUCAACAGGGCAUCCGAAGCCCAUAUUUCAGACACAUUCGGGCGCGCUGAAGAAUUAUGCGAACAACUUCGGUCUAAGGGGGUUCAUUACGCUGCCUCUUUACCAUGCGCAUGGAAUUAGCUGUCUGUUCCGAGCUAUUCACUCUCAGAAGCCAAUCUACAUGUAUAAUGCGGAACUUCCGUUGACUGGCCCGCACCUGCUCACUACGCUCCAGGAGCAUCCGGACAUCGAAGUCCUCUACACCGUACCGUACGGCUUGAAGCUCCUGUCUGAAUCUGAGGAAAGCAUGAAGGUUCUUGCGCGGUUGGAACUCGUCAUGUUUGGAGGAUCCUCCUGCCCCAAACCCAUUGGCGAUAAGCUUGCACAGAAUGGCGUGCGACUUGUUUCCCACUACGGGACUACCGAGACUGGCCAGCUCAUGACAUCCUUCCGAGAACGGUCCGAUAUAGAUUGGGAUUAUGUUCGGCCUGGACCCUCUCUGCUGCCAUAUAUCCGAUGGGAUGAGCAGAUGCCGGGUUUGUAUGAGCUGUGUGUCCUAGAGGGAUGGCCGUCAAAGGUGGUCAGCAACCGGCCUGACGGGGCAUAUGCGACGAAGGAUCUUUUCGAGAAGCACCCUACCAAGAAGAAUGCGUGGCGGUAUUAUGCCCGACUAGACGAUACACUUGUUCUGGAGAACGGAGAAAAGGCAAAUCCUCUGGUCAUCGAAGGCGUCGCUCGCAAUCACCCGAAUGUCGCCGAGGCUAUCGCUUUUGGCGCGAAUAGAUCUCGGCUAGGUCUAUUCUUGAUUCGUGUGGAGGGACGUACCGAUGAGACGGACGAGCAAGUUAUUGAUUCUGUGCUUCCGGCGAUUGAAAAGUGCAACGCAGAGAGCCCUGCUUAUGCUUAUAUUUCGCGCGAUAUGAUCCGUGUGUUGCCUGCAGAUACCGUUUACCGCAAGACGGACAAGGGAACGGUCAUUCGGUCUGCAUUUUACCGUGACUUUGCAGAACAGAUUAGCCAGGUUUAUGACCAAGAAGAUGCUAGUGGAAGUCAGAUCCUUGAGGGCGAUGGAUUGGCUUCUUUCCUUCGCGACAGCCUGCUCGAUAUCACCUCUAUCGAACCUUCUGCGUUGCAGGACACAACCGAUGUGUUUAGCCUAGGCGUCGACAGCUUGCAAUCUAUCCGUCUGCGGAGUAUUAUCCUGAAGACGUUGAGCCUCGGUGGCCAGAAGCUUUCUCAGAACUUUGUGUUCGAAAAUCCAUCUAUCCAGGCCAUGGCUGAAGAGCUUACCCGGUUAAGAACCGGACACGAAAGCCAGGAACAGGCCCCGGUUGAAGAGCGGAUGGCAGCUCUCGUUGAGAAGUACAGCCAAAAUUUCCAGACGCAUGUCCCCAUUCCCAGAGAAGACGACGGUGAGUAUGUCGUCGUUACUGGCGCGACUGGUUCCCUAGGCGCACAUGUUGUCGCCCAGCUUGUCCAGUCAGAACGAGUUCGUAAAGUGUAUUGUCUCGUUCGCGCCCCAACUCCUCUAUCGGCCUUCCACCGAGUUCGCCAGAGUCUUCACGCCCGUUUCCUCUCGACGGACAUUACGCCCGACGCAGAAUGCAAGAUUGCCGCCUUACCAGCUGACCUCUCCAACAGUACCCGGCUAGGGCUUGAUCAAGCUGUCUACGAAAACAUCAUCGACUCUGUCACAGCAGUAAUCCACUGUGCCUGGUCGGUCAACUUCAAUUGGUCUCUUGAGAGCUUUGAACAGCCUUGCAUAGCUGCUACUCGGAACCUGAUUGAUCUGUGUCUCGAGACCCGCGGACCAGCUCCCGCGAACUUUUCCUUUUGCUCGUCUGUCAGCACAGUCGCUCGUACACCAGGCAACUGGGUCAGCGAAACACUUCCAGAGUCACUAAGUCACGCCCAGUCCAUGGGCUACGCGCAGUCGAAGCUCGUGACCGAGCACAUCGUGAGCCGUGCUGCCCAGGCCACGAAUAUCACUUCUCGCGUACUUAGAGUAGGUCAGAUUAUUGCGGACACAACACAUGGAAUCUGGAACGCUACCGAGGCGAUACCUAUGAUUUUCCAAUCAGCCGAGACAAUCAAGGCCCUUCCCCUGCUCGACGACAUUCUCUCCUGGACGCCCGUCGACACAAUCGCCUCCGCUGUCAUCGAAGCCACCCGCUCACCAACCGGCUCCGAAGUCCUGAAUAUAACAAACCCAACCCUCAACCACUGGAGCCGGGACCUCCUCCCACUUCUUGCCUCAGCAGGCCUGGAAUUUGAUCCUCUCCCGAAAAGGGAAUGGCUAGAUCGUCUCCGUAAAUCCAACCCUGACCCAUCAGCCAAUCCUCCCAUCAAACUCCUGGACUUCUUCGCAAAGAAGUACGACAACGACAACCCAACACGCGUCCUCUUAUACGACACGAAGAAGAGCCAAGUCGCCGCGCCGUCUCUCCGAAACGCAGCAGGCCUCACCCCAUACUUCGUGUCAAAAUUCAUAUCCUACUUCCGUCGACAAGCUUGGCCCUCCACAAACCAACCGACUAUACUUCCACAGGUAGGGAACGUUAUCUUCUUAACAGGUCCCUGCGGCUCCGGCAAAACAACUGCUUCGCACUUUCUCUCAUCCGCAUUCGACGUAACUACGAUUGAAGGCGACGACCUGCACUCCCGCACAUCAAGAGCAAAAAUGGCCUCAGGGAUCCCUCUCACAGACUCAGAUAGAUGGGAAUGGCUUUCGCACAUCAAGGGAGCCGUAAUGGACCGCCUCCUACAGCCGUCCACAUCGCAAUCUGCAGUCGUCGUCACCUGCUCCGCCCUGAGAAAGGUGUACCGUGAUCAACUGCGCAGCUUGGCAUACCUUCUUGAGUUUCCCGUGAAAGUGACAUUUAUCCAUCUGUCUGUUGGGAAGGAAGCGAAGAGCGAGUUGAAGGGGAGGUUGUUGGCGCGUUCGAGAGAAGAGGGCCACUACAUGCAGCAGGGGAUGGUUGAUUCGCAGCUGGAGGUUCUGGAGAGCCAUGAGGGAGAGGGAGAUGUUGUUAUUGUUGAUGCGGUCCGAGGAAAGGAUGAGGUUCUGGCAGAGGUGGAGGGGAUUGUUCGGGGGAUCCUUGGUGUUUAGGAUGUUGUUCGAUAAAACUGAUGAAUUCCAUGUUGACUAAAUCCAUUUGGAAUUCCUAUCUCCAUCAACCGUACAGAAACGUUGAAGAGUUUGAGAAUGACAGGCGCCUCGACGAAGAUAAAGAUCAAGAAGAAGGAAAGCGAAAAUGCGAGAGGAGGGGUAGAGGAGAAAAUAACAAGGUCCAUAUGAGACAGGUGGCUCCGGAAGAAAAAUCAGAAGAGGGUAAGAAUGGAAAAUAAAGAUAUGUUGUUACCAGGUUGGUGUGGUAUUGCUGAAUGUAUUUCCUGGGGAAAUCCAUGAUUGUGCACAUUAUCUAUUUCUUUUCAAUUUUAUCCAUUUAUGC